GGAAAGCCAGCGAAACGGAACGGAGAGGUAACGGCGCGGUCGCCGUCCCCGUCCGUCGCCGUCGCCAUCCACCCCCGCCCCGCCCGUGCUCCCAAUAAGACCACGACGGCCCGACCCCCUCCCCUCCUCGCAUCCCACCACCGAGCGAGCGACGCCAACGACAGAGGAGACACAGAGAGACCACCGGAGCUGCCCACCCACACCUCGAGGCCGGAGCGGAGGAGAUGGAGUCGCCGGAGCCGGUGAGCCCGUCGUCGUCGUCGUCGGGGGAGCGGCAGCACCACGGGUUGGCGGGCGCGGCGGAGCGGCCGUCGGAGACGGCGGCGCUGCGGGCGCUGGUGGACCGGGUUCGGGGCGGGGAGGUGGAGGCGGCCCGCGAGGUGCGGCGCCUCACGCGGGCCUCCGCCCGGCACCGCCGGAAGUUGGCGGCCGCCGUGGAGCCGCUCGUCGCCAUGCUCCGGUCCGGCGCGCCCGACGGCGCCGGCGAGGCCGCGCUGCUCGCGCUGCUCAACCUCGCCGUCAGGGACGAGAGGAAUAAGAUCAAGAUACUGGAUGCCGGCGCACUUGAGCCGCUGCUUGGUUACCUGCAGUCGAGCGAUCUCAACUUACAGGAGUAUGCGGCUGCUGCUAUCCUCACUCUCUCAGCCUCAUCCACAAAUAAGCCCAUCAUAAGCACAUCCGGAGCAAUCCCUCUCCUUGUAAAGGUCCUGAAACAAGGGAAUCCGCAGGCCAAGAAUGAUGCUGUGAUGGCCCUUUACAACCUCUCCACCAUUGCAGAUAACCUCCAAACCAUCCUCUCUGUCCAGCCCAUUCCCCCGUUGUUAGAGUUGCUGAGAGGUGGCAAAAGGUCCUCCAAAACAGCUGACAAGUGCUGCGCCCUCUUGGAAUCCCUGCUCGCCUUUGAUCAAGGCCGGGUGGCCCUGACCUCCGAGGAAGGCGGGGUGCUCACCAUCGUGGAGGUGCUCGAGGAAGGCUCCCUUCAAGGCAGAGAGCACGCCGUCGGAGCACUCCUGACGAUGUGUGAGAGCGACCGCAGUAAAUACAGAGACCCCAUUCUGAACGAAGGCGCGAUCCCCGGUCUUCUUGAGCUCACCGCCCAUGGCACUCCCAAGUCGAGAGUGAAGGCGCAUGCUCUGCUCGACCUGCUGCGCAACUCGCCCUACUCAAGGCCGAAGCUGCAGCCCAACACGCUGGAGAACAUCGUCAGCAACAUUGCUUCUCAGAUCGACGGGGAGGACCGCGGCGGGAAGGCCAAGAAGAUGCUCGCCGAGAUGGUGAAGGUCAGCAUGGAGCAGAGCUUGAGGCACCUGCAGCGCCGGGCUUCUUUUGCGUGAAGUUGCUUCAACCUUCACCUGUUUUGCUUGCUUGCAUGCAAUGGAUGUAGAGAGAAUAGCGAAGAAGAAGAAUAACGAAGACUGAGAUUGCUGGAAGAUGCCGGUCCAGGCCUCGAUGGGACCGAGUGACUGGUGUAAGCGCUCCUCAAACACUUGAGCUUCUUGAUGACAUAUAUAGUUCCUUUUUCGGUUUGCGAUCUUGUGUGCUGUUCCGAAAGAGAAAGGACAAAUUUUCUUCCCCUCCCCAUGUUUUGUGCAUGUACCAAAAGGAAAAAGUGUACGUGAACAAAAAAAGGAAAAUAGAAAAAAAAGAGACAUCUCCUUUGAAGAAAGGAUUGUACAUACCUGAAUGACAUAAAGUUAAAGUUCCCCACUCUUUCAUAUUCUGAAAAA